GUAAGAAUAGAGCCAGAAGAACAUUCAAGGGGUAAGGGAGGAGGAGAGACAGUCAAGGGAAAGGGGUGCAGCCUUGGCAGGGGCCAUGAAGACUCAGGAGGAGGAAGGGGGCCAAGGCAACAUCUACCAUAACCACUAGGCUCCGUGAUUGGAGGAGGAGCUCAUGUCUCACCAGUGAACUAAGGAGAGUAGGGUCUGGUACUGGGGACAAAGGAAGAAUCAGAAAGAAGAGGAGCAAAAAAUCUGAAAAAUCCAAAGAAAGUCGAAAAGGAAGAGGAAAACCUAGACCAUGCCCCUAGGUCAUCCCAGCAGGUCCCGUCGCCAUAGCCGUAUCAAUACCACGCAUCCGCCCACUGUGCUCAGUGGCUGGGGUACCCCUCCAAGCAGAGACUGGAACCACAGGGCUGUGUGUGGCUGCCCAUACCACUGUGAAACACCUGAAGAACGAAUAGGCUCUCGCCCACUCCACAGCAUUGUCAACAGGUGGUUGAGGGGAGCCCCAGUGACUAAAUGGCAGCCAUCUCGGGAGUCAUCUGGCCUACCCUGCCGGCUCCCCUGCAGGGGUUGGACUCCAGAGCUUCAGCCUUCAUUACCAAACCGUCACCACUUUCAUUUCCCCAGUGCGACUGGGAGAUCUCAUGGAGCCCACUCCAGAGCAGGAAGCCGUGGGGUCUACCGAGUGCAAAGCCCAGGGCCCGAGUGCCCCCCACUCCCAUCCAGACUGGGAGCAUAUCAGACAUCUUGCCAGACUCCACAAGCAGAUGGCCAUGUGCAUCAUGAUCUCCUGCAUCCUUUGCAACUUGGCCCUGGCUACCUCUGCAUAUUCCUGGGUAGGCUCUGUUUCUACCUGGCCUCCUGGAGCGUCAAGGUGAUCAACUGUCUCAACACCAUCCAGCUUUUCAAGAAAGUGCUGAAUUUCUUUGGUCAUGGGACGCCUGCUCUGUACAUAGGUUUAUUUAUUGUCAUCCAGGCCCAUGACAUCAAGAAUUAUAACAAGUUUAGUUGGAACCCUGGCCUCGUCGUAUCAACAAAAACAUCAGCAACCUCUCCUCCCGUGUCGUUCUCCACUGAGGGCACCCUGGGCAAAAAAGGAGACUGGCCAUUUCUAAAUGGGGGAGAGGAACAGAUAGGCCCAAGUCAUGACCAUAGGAAGUGGGUGUACGAGGUCAGGAGCAGCACCCACUUUUUACCGUCACUGAGACAGUUCUAUUCCUCUGACCCCAUGACACUUCCAGGCUCAACUGGGGCCACAAACUCCAUGGCACAUCUCUGGCAACAGGAAAAUCUGAGGAUGAGAAGUUGUACUGAAGUAACAAUGAGCCAAAGGAAUCUGGCUUUGACGCUGAUCCUUUUCUAAAUGAAGAUCGUCACCCACCAAUUAGGCCCCUCAGUCUUCUUUUGCCCCCUUGCAAAGGACCAAGGCAGCCCAGCUGCUGAGUUAGACACACCCAUGAUCUUCCACUGCCCAC